GCAAAAUCCCAUCUACUGCUAUCUCUUCAUUGUAAACGAUGACUUUAAACUUCGUCUUGUUUUUCAUUUUUGGGAUUUUGGCAUCUCAGGCCAUGUCCCGCACACUGAAUGAAGCUACCAUUGCUGAACACGAGCUAUGGAUGGCUCAAUAUGGUCGAACUUAUCAGACCAAAACUGAGAAAGACAGACGUUUCAAGAUUUUCAAGGAGAACUUGGAAUACAUUCAGAGCUUCAACAAUGCUGGAAAUAGGAGUUUUAAGUUAGGCAUUAAUGAGUUUGCAGACAUGAGUCAUGAUGAAUUCGUUGCGACUCGUACUGGAUACAAGAAUCCAGGUAACCUAGCAACAUCAUCACCAUUUACCUAUGCAGAGUUCACAGAUGUUCCAACAAGCUUGGAUUGGAGGGAAAAGGGCGCUGUCACUCCUGUUAAGGACCAGCGAGAUUGUGGAUGUUGUUGGGCAUUUGCCGCAGUUGCAGCCACGGAAGGCAUUAACCAAAUUAAAACUGGAAAGCUGAUCUCAUUGUCCGAGCAACAAUUAUUAGACUGCAGCACAAAUGGCAACAACCAUGGUUGUGAUGGUGGUUCCAAGACAGAUGCUUUCCAAUACAUUAUGCAAACCGGUGGAUUAACCACAGAGGACAAUUAUCCAUAUCAAGCAACGCAAGGAACUUGUGACAAAGAGAAGGAGGCAUCGCACGUUGCUGAUAUCAGUAAUUUUGCCAGGGUACCCGCCAACAGCGAGGAGGAAUUACUUAAAGCUGUAUCAAACCAACCCGUCACAAUUAGCAUUGAGGCUAGUGGAAUGGACUUUAAAUUUUACAAAAGUGGAAUCUUCACUGGAGAUUGCGGAACUAAUCUACACCAUGCUGUCACUAUUGUUGGAUUUGGGACCAGCGAAGACGGUAUAGAUUACUGGUUGGUGAAGAAUUCAUGGAACCAAAGUUGGGGUGAGAAUGGCUACAUAAAGAUGCAGAGGAAUGUGGAUGCCCCGGAAGGCCUCUGUGGCCUUGCCAUAAGACCAGCCUAUCCAAUUGCAUAAGCAUUCACAUAUGAUGGGGCAUUCCUUUUGUUUGAGAUGCCUUCCUAUAUAUGUAUUAAAUAAAAAGGAAGGGAAGGGUUAUUUCCUUUAGUUUA